GGGCGUAAUGAGGUUACGCUCCUAUCCAACGUAGACGAAAUCAAAGUAAAUAAAAAACCGUGCGACGUGGGAAGGAGCGCGCAGUAGGAGUAACGUCAAGCCCCACGACCGGGGCACACUAAAAAGAGAAAUUAUUACACGCUGCGAGUUUCAUUCAGUGAGUAUCCGUUGGGUUUGGCAGUGCGAGCAACUCGUCCGACUUUCUAGUCAUACUUGGACUGCCGAUCGUCCACCACGCGUGCGGUUCCCAGCCUUACAUAAUCCGCAUCUCAACCACACAAACAAAAUGGGUUCCUGGCCGGACAACGUGGGCAUCGUCGCCGUGGAACUAAUCUUCCCGUCGAUGUACGUCGAUCAAACGGAGUUGGAAAGUUACGAUGGAGUAUCCGCCGGUAAAUACACGAUUGGUUUGGGCCAGGACCGAAUGGGUUUCUGCUCGGACCGCGAAGACAUCAAUUCUUUGUGUUUGACAGUUGUUCAGAGACUUAUGGAACGCAACAAUAUAAAAUACACCGAAAUCGGGCGUUUGGAAGUCGGCACGGAGACAAUCGUCGAUAAAUCGAAAUCAGUUAAAUCUGUACUUAUGCAACUCUUCGAACCGCAUGGAGUGACAGACAUAGAAGGCAUAGAUACAACAAAUGCAUGCUAUGGCGGCACUGCAGCUUUAUUCAAUGCCAUAUCCUGGGUGGAAAGCUCCGCAUGGAAUGGCAGAUAUGCUCUGGUGAUUGCAGCUGACAUUGCUGUCUAUGCGCAAGGCUCAGCCAGACCUACAGGUGGAGCUGGAGCUGUCGCAAUGCUAAUUGCACCAAAUGCUCCUUUAGUUUUUGACAGACAUGUGCGAGGCACAUACAUGAAGCAUGCAUAUGACUUCUACAAACCUGAUUUGGCAUCAGAAUAUCCCCUCGUAGAUGGUAAACUAUCAAUUCAAUGUUAUUUAAGUGCUUUGGAUAACUGUUACCAAUCCUACUGCAAGAAAGCUGAAUCCCUGGGUAAAAACGCUGUUAAUUUAUCAUCGUUCGACGCAAUCGUCUUCCACUCGCCUUAUUGUAAACUCGUGCAGAAAUCAGUCGGACGCCUGGCUUUCAACGACUUCAAACGAUCACCUGAUGAUUAUCUUGGGCUGGAAAAGUUCAAAGACAGUAAGUUAGAAGAAACAUACUUCGAUCGUGAUGUGGAGAAGGCUUUCAUGGUCAACAGUCAAGAAGUAUUCGAGAAUAAAACAAAACCAUCACUAUUGGCAGCCAAUCAAGUUGGUAACAUGUACACGGCAUCUUUAUAUGGCGGAUUAGUUAGCCUGUUGAUCAGUAAAGAUGUCGCUGCGCUCGCUGGGAAUAAAAUCGCUCUCUUCUCAUAUGGUUCUGGAUUAGCCUCGACGAUGUUUUCGAUCACAGUCUCACCCGACGCCGGUGAAAACUCCCCGCUGAAUAAACUAGUCAGUAAGUUAAGCCACAUUAAACCGAUGUUAGCGGCGAGAAAGUGUGUGAGUCCCGAGAAGUUCACCGCCAUGUUGAGUCUGCGCGAGAAGAACGGACAUAAAGCACCGUUUGAGCCUGAAGGUGACAUUGACCACCUUUUCCCCGGUACGUAUUAUCUGACAAAAGUCGACGAGAUGCAUCGGAGGUACUACGGCCGGAUUCCAGCAGCUUUAAAUGGAUCCGCUUAACAUUUCGAUAGGGUAAAUUAAUUUUAAUUAACGUUUGAUUAUAGUCAUUAGUUAUGUUCAAAACCAAACAAAUCAAAUCAAUCAAAUUGUAGUCGAUCACUACAACGAAUUAUACUUAUGAACUUACGAGGCGAAAGAGCUCAAUAUCUUUUGUACUACUAGCGUCUAAGUGAUGAAUAUUUUCACUCUAAAACCAUGUUUAACCUAGCAUAAUAUAACAUAACCUCAAAUUCAGCGCGUGUGUUUGAAACGUCAAUUAAUUUCUACGAAUUGUACUUAAAUACCCGGCGUAUUAAACUUGAUUGACUAGAAGCGCUCGUACAACCUAACCUUACUAGCUUGCUAGCCGAAUAGAUAAAUAAUGAUGGAUGUAUUCAAGCAAAUGACAAAUAAUUAUCUUAUACGAUUAAACAUAAUUGCGCAUGCGAAGUAUCUCUCUAAAAUUGAUCUUGCAUUACACACGAACUUUAAUGAUUAGUUUAGGCCAAUAGCAGACUACCUAUAAUUAUACUCAUAUUUAUUGUUGCAUAGUUUUUAUGGUUUUAUUAUUGCGACUUUGCGUUGAGUACAUAGUUUAUUUUUUUGUGACUUUCUUACAAGUAUUAGAAAUGUGUUGAUUAGUGAAAUAUUCUUAAGUUAGGUGGUCGAAUAUUGUGUUUGAUGUUUUAUUACACAUGGUAAUAUUAACGAGGUAUAUCAAGUUGGAAUAUUUGAUUGCACAAACAUAUUCGUUAUGUUUAUUGUUUAUUGCGGGUUACGAUUACGAUUACAUUAUGUGGUAGUCGUUUUAUUGUCUUAUCUAUAAGAAAACAACAAUUGAACAUGAAUAAAGAAAUUUAUUAAAUUGUUAUACAUAAA